AUAUUUCAACUACUAUAUAACCACCUAAAACACAUCAAACACUUUGCACACAACUACUGGAGAGAAAUUGAGAAAACCACUCUUGUUUAUUUGAAUAUGGUCUCACUUCACAAAGCACUAGCCAUGAGUCCAAAAAAAGAAUCUUCUACAGAUUUUGAUGGUCCACAAAAGAAGAGAAAAUGGGAAGAAUCACCACUUUCUGAUCAAGAAUUCUUUAAGGAUCUUACACAUGAUCUUGGGAAAAGAAAAUCCAUCUUUGAUAUUGAACUUCACCUCAAAACACCUUUGCCUUCAGAUAAAUGGCAACAAUACCUCACUGUUCAGUCAGGACAAAUACAAUUGUGUAACACAAAGAUGAAUAUGAAAACACAAGAAUCAAAAAGAGAGUACCCUUUACCUGAAAAAUCAUCUCUUGGUCAUUUAAGCUUAGACCUUGAGCUUAAUUUGACAUGUGAAACAUUGAAGAAAAAAGAAGAAAGUUAUUAUGAAAAGAAGAAUAAUCUAGUGAAUGAAUCAAUUAGCAAGAAUAAAAAGGAUUCUUCAUCAUGGUUAUCAUCAUCAUCAUCAAAUGGUGAUGAUUACAAAGAAAUGAUUGCAACAGUUUGUAUGAAGUGUCACAUGUUGGUAAUGCUUUGCAAAUCAUCUCCUUCUUGUCCUAAUUGCAAAUUCAUGCAUCCACCACCAGAUCAGAACCCUUCCAAAUUUUUGAAGAGAACAAGGUUUAGUUUCUUGACAUAAUCAAGAACAAUCACUUCUAAUUGGUCCAAUAAAUAAGUCUAUGUGAUUUUUAUUUUAUAUUUUUAGAUUAUUAUUAUUAUAUAUUUAAAACAAAAGGGUAGUGUUUAAUCUACCUCUAAGGAGUUGUAAUUUGACUGGUAGAAUGUCAAUGUGUGACUUAUUAGAAACUAACCUUGUGUAUCAUAAUCAUCAAAUUUAUGUAUAUAUAAGAGUGUAGUUCUUGUUCAUCCUAAAUUUAUGUAUGUUCUUAACUCAGUAGUAUGUUUCUUAAAGUUGUAAGGAAAUGUUUUGUACUAUACUACUAUGAUUUUAUUUUCCAGUAUAGUGUGAACAAAGUUUCAAUA